UUCCGGGCUAACUGCAUGUCAUUCCUCUUCUAUCCAUAUCAAUAUGCCACCCAAGAAAUCAUUAGCCGCAUCAUCUAGGACAUCGGGGAGGACCAAGAAGGCUGCUGGCGUUGCCCAGCCUAUACUCUCUUUCCAAUCCCAAGGAAAGCCUUCACGAGGCGCCACCUCCAAAACCAAACCAUCGCUGCAGAAACAGUCAUCUUCGGUCUCUAUACCUGGUGCCAAAGCCGCCGAGGGGGAUGAUGAUGAUAUUCAAGUGGUUGAUGAGCCUCAGGGGACAAAGGACGAGAGCGCAAAGGGAGGCAAGAAGUCACAAUUAAAGGUCAAGAGCAAGGAAUGGUCAAAAGUUCUGAAAGAGGCUAAGGCAGCUAUGGGCGACUUGGAGCCAAUCCAUGCGGGCCCCGACACCCAUAACGAUAUCCAUCAUAUACUCCGUGUAUUCGAUUUGUCGACAAAGUAUGGCCCAUGUGUCGGCAUCCCCCGUCUGCAGCGCUGGGAAAGAGCCAAGCAGUGGGGUCUGGAUCCACCCGACGAGGUACGUAUGCUUUCACGCGAUCUGGUUGAGUGACAUGUGGUGUUGACCGAGAUGGGUAUACAGAUCAGAGCGAUUCUUACCACGCAACAGGGGGAGGACGACGCUUCGUAUCGCGAGAAUGUGCUGAGCGCAUGGCUCUGAGAGGAAAGCGGUAUACGGAGAUUUCUCGGCUCGGAAGAUCGACAGCAUGAGGAGGAGAUCUGUUGUAAUGGCAACUCUGCCAGAGGGUGUAUCAGUUAUAAUCAGAAACCGAUUUGUAUAGGCCAUAGGCCAAGGUAGAACCAAGCAUGCAAUCCACGUAGCUUAAUUGUGG